AUGGCCUUGUUUGGGAAUGCCCUCCUGAUACUUCUGAUAAUCUCUGACACCCGCCUCCACACACCCAUGUACUUUUUCAUCAGCCAGUUGUCCCUCAUGGACAUGAUGUACAUUUCUGUCACUGUGCCCAAGAUGCUCAUGGACCAGGUUCUUGGGAGCCACAAGAUCUCAGCUGCUGCCUGUGGGAUACAGAUGUUUCUUUAUGGGACACUAGUAGGUUCAGAAUUUUUCCUUUUGGCUGCCAUGGCUUAUGACCGCUAUGUGGCCAUCUGCCAUCCACUCCGUUAUCCUGUCCUCAUGAACCGCAGAGUGUGUCUCCUCCUGAUGUCUGUCUGUUGGUUCCUGGGAUCCCUGGAUGGCUUCCUGCUCACUCCUGUCACCAUGACCUUCCCAUUCUGUGGAUCCCAUGAGAUCCAUCACUUCUUCUGUGAGGUUCCUGCUGUGACAAAGCUCUCCUGCUCAGACACCUGGCUCUAUGAGACCCUCAUGUACCUGUGCUGUGUGCUCAUGCUUCUCAUCCCUGUGGUAGUCAUUUCAAGCUCCUAUUCAUCCAUCCUCCUCACUGUUCACAGGAUGAACUCAGCAGAGGGCAGGAAAAAGGCCCUGGUCACCUGCUCCUCCCACAUGACUGUGGUCAUGCUCUUCUAUGGUGCUGCUGUCUAUACCUACAUGCUCCCUGCCUCCUUCCACACCCCUGAGAAGACAUUGUGGUGUCACCCUUCCAUUGAACCCACUAAUUUACAGUCUUAG